CGCGCACCUGUGAGCUUUGUCAGAUUGCUGCAUGGUUUUUGGUUGUGCGGUGGAAAUUUCAGCAACGGAAGAAGACAUUCGACGUGAAUGUGCAUAUAGAAUACGGUACUUCUGACUGGUAUUGUCAGGAAGGAUGGGAUUGACAGUAAUUGCAGACUGCCAUUCCCUGAACCCGUGAAGGAUGGCGCACAGGAACAACAUCGACCAUGGGUACGCAUGGGUGGCCCUAGGCGCAGCACUCAGCAUUCAGCUUAUGGUGGCUUUCGUUGUGUUUUCAUCAGGAGUAAUUAACAUCGCUAUCAUGGAAGAGGUGGAGAAUGACAUCACAAAAACGUCAUGGAUUGGAUCAUGUCAGAGUGGCACAUUUACGCUUUUAGGUCCUGUGUCUGGUAUCAUUCAACAUCGUGUUGGUUCCAAAUUGACAACAUUCGGUGGUGCAAUUCUGGUGUUACUAGGCAUGACUAUCGCUUCGUUUUGUCGGACAGUUACAGGUCUGUUGGUUACAUACGGAUUUAUUUCAGGCCUUGGCUUAUCCCUUUGUGGAAACGUGGUGGGCGUGGUCCCUGGUCACUACUUCGAGAAGAGGAGGCCAGCAGCCUAUGGCGUAUGCAUGGCAGGAGGUGCUCUGGGGCUGUUCAUAGCAGGUCCACUCACAAGAUACCUUCUUGACCAAUAUAACCUGCAUGGAACUUUGUUGAUAAUGGGGGCCAUUUCUUUCCAUAUGUCAAUUGCGGCAUCCUUACUGCGAAAACCACCAAUACCUUCCAACGAAUCUUUCAUAGUUGUCCACAAAGACGAAGAUGAUGUAUCAGCCAAAGAAGCAUCCAUUCAAGACUCCGAUGAAAUGUUUCCGAGAAGUGAUACGACACUUGCUGGUACAAACCCUACGAAAGAUACCAACACAGAUCAAACAACAAUCCCAUUUCUCUCAGAAGACAUCACACCUCGAACACAGACCAACGAGGAACCGAAAACCCAAUGUUAUAAUAUACGACUGUUGUUAAAAAUAAUGACAAAAAGGGAUUUUCUUAUGUACAACUUUGCAAUCUUGUUCUGGUCGCUAGGCGACGCGUCCUGUAUAUUCCAUCUUCCGAACUAUGCAGAAAUUAAAGGCAGCUCACCACGACAGGCAGCAAGUCUGUUAAGUGCAAUGGGAGCCGGUGGCAUCUUCACGAGGGUAGUCAUCGGUCUGAUGGCUUCCAGUCCCAGUACGGAAUACACGUUGCUUCAGUUCGGGAUUCCAUGGAACAAAUUCAUUGAUGGGACCAUUAACUAUACAACUUACCAGUUUGUCUGA